ACAGCGGCAUAUAUGUUCAGUGCGUUCUUGUGUUUGUCAGUACAAAUACGAGAUUUGCGUUCCUCGUAUGUAUUCUUGUACAGUUGUAAAUUUUUUUUUUUAAAGCUUUGUUCUUCUCCGGCGGCAGAAGACUCGCGCUAUAAUAGAAAAAGGAGUAUCAUGGAGUUCUGGACUGUUGCAUCUUGAUUCUAUGGUAAUAGUACCAUUUCCCUUUGAUUUCAGACUAUGCCCAGACAUUUAGGUAGCGGUAUCCUGAGAAAUUGUCCAUUCCUAGGUUAAAUCUGCCCAUUUCAGUCAAAAAGCCCUAUAUGUUCAUACUUUAUACCAGAUAUAGGGUUUUGAUAGGUGUAGCAAAUUCCUGAUUUUCUCAGCAAUACUCACUCCCUAAUUUUAAUUCUGAGCCAAUCUAUUCGGAUUGGAAAUGGCGGAGCACUUGGAUUCGAUUUUCGGAACAGAGAAAGCCCGCGUGAACUGUCCUUUCUACUCCAAGAUCGGAGCCUGUCGUCACGGCGAUCGUUGCUCUCGUCUCCACAACCGCCCCACCGUCUCCCCAACUCUUCUCCUUUGCAAUCUGUACCAGCGGCCCGACAUGACCACCCCGACGGUCGACCCACAAGAACAUUUCGAGGAUUUCUACGAGGACAUCUUCGAGGAGCUGAGUAAGCUGGGCGAGAUCGAGAGCCUCAACGUGUGCGACAACCUCGCCGUUCACAUGAUAGGCAACGUCUAUGUUCAGUUUAAGGAGGAAUCCCGGGCCGCCGCCGCCUUGCAGGCUCUACAGGGUCGGUUAUACUGUGGACGCCCUAUUAUUGCAGAAUUCUGUCCCGUAACGGAUUUCCGCGAGGCGAAGUGCCGGCAAUUUGAGGAGAAUUGCUGCAAUCGUGGUGGGUAUUGUAACUUUAUGCAUGCGAAGGUGAUAGGUAGAGGGCUCCGGAGGAAGCUGUUUGGGAGGUCCGGCUGGUAUAGGAGGCGGAGUGGGAGUCCUCCUCCUCCGGUUUGCUUUACGAGAGAGAGAGAGAAUGAUAGUGGUGAAGAGGAUUGCAUUUACAGGCAGGGGAGCUUUGAAAGCAAUGGCGAAAAGAGGAGGCAGAAACGGAGUAGGAGCCCCGUAGGCGUAAGGGAAGGGAGUGAGGAGCGUAGAGCCAGGAUUGAGCAAUGGAAUGUGGAGAGAGAAGGAAGGCAGUGUUGAGAUUCAACAUUUUUCUAUCUACUGCAGAACUCUAGGAUGAUCAAUUUUCAAAUUUAAUAAUGAAUUUAAACAUUAUUAUUAUUAUUUAUUAAAAUAUAUUUCCAAAUUGAGUUGAAAUUUGGAAUUAAUCAAUAUUUA